GGCGGGAUUUCAAAUAUUUUAUUGCCUAAAAAUAAGAUGUUUCCACUCAUAACCUGGAAAGAACAGGCAAUUUGUCUUCAAAAGUUGCAAGCUGUGGUUAUAACCUUGUCGUUACUUAAUUUUCUCGAAGAAUACCUCAUAGUAAAACGGACUUUAACGACAUCAAUUUCCUUGCGUUGUACUGGAAAUGUGCAUGCGUAGGUCCGAUUUUUUUCAAGAUGCAUUCACAAAAUGUGUUCAUAUAAGGAAGUUCCUGGAUAUAUAAGGUCCGGAGCUCCACCGUGGACACAAAAACAACAUAUCUUUGGACAGUGAUUUGCCCAAAAAAAUUAACGCUUGCCCAAAAUGUGUUUGAAGGCACUGAACUUGUCGCACUCGAGCUGAUAUUUUAAAACCCUCGCUCGAUCGGACACUCGUAGUUUCGCAGAUAACUAAAAUAUAAACAAAAUGCUCAAUGUAGAAGUUAUUGCGUUGAUAUGCGGGCAGAAAAAAGGUCAAUCUUCAUCUAGUAAAAUCUUCCCAAAAAUCGGUUUGAACUAUAGUUUAUUUUUAAACUUGAUCGUUUCGCGAUUAAAUAUAAAUUGUGCUUUGUGUUGUCAAGUUGAAAAUACAUAACAUCUGUCAAAAACCUACACGUAAGUAGGAUUUCCUUCAAACAAAGUUAAAAUUACAUUACUGCAAAAACUUCUUGCUGACAAUGAAGAAAUGAAUUUUUUGUACGAAAACAACCUACCUAAAGAUCUUAAAAGCAAAAGAUCAGUUGCAGUGAGCUUCGCAGCUAAACCAUGAUUCACCAUGUAGCUCUUCUCCUCGCUUUAAUAACUCAGUGAAUAACUGGUCCAUGUGAGGGUCUUCAUUCAAGCAAAUUAAACUCAGCCAAUCGUUACAAAAUUCAGAAAACUGCACAUAAGGGUAUUUGUUUUGCUCGCUUCAGACAAAUCCAGCUCCAGCAAUUCAGUGUUACGGGCAGAGUCAAUUGUUUCGAAGUGACUGCCGGCAGUUGUCCUCUACUUCACAGCGAGUGAAAUGGAAAAUUUGCGUACAGAAAGUUAUUUCUUAUAAAGAACAGAAACUUUCACAGUGCGGUGGAAAACAAAACUAUGUAAUUAAAAGUGAAGAAAACUCUGACUACUUAUAGUAUUUGAGCAACAGAAAAAUGAUUCUUUUCUUCUAGAGUAAGUUUACUGGCCUUCUACCGGUAUUUCCGAGAAAGUUUUACGGCGCACAAAAUGGUUCUUUGACUGAAGAGAAGGAUAAAGCUGGUUCUACAAAGGGAAUAAAUCUGGGCAUGUGAAAAAGUAUUUACUAAUUUAAAAAAAGAGUGGGUUUUAAUUCAGCCCGGCGAAAGAAGGCGAAAUCAACUCACAAAUAAAUCGAAUGAACAAUCAAAAAAAUACUCGCCUCUUUGGAAAUGUUCAAAACUCUUUAUUCCACCUCAGACUGACGGAAUGAUCCGUUUUUCCUUUAACAUUGGUUGUUCCGAGUCCAAAGUAAUUUUCAAGUGACGAAAAACAAAAACCACACAAAAGUAAAAAGUCUUUUCGAGGAGCAAACGUUCACACCUUGUGCAUUUCAUUCAGUCUUAGUCAGAACUCUCUCAGUGACAAACAAACAAACAAACUGUACUGUACAGUCAACACACAGAAAAGCCCGCCUUGAGCCUGCGAUAAAGGAUGCGCAGAAGCUUGCGCAGAACGUUUUUCCGCCCUGAAUUAUAAGGAAGGCAAAGCUUCUAACGCAAUGUAAAAAGGAGACACUAGGACCCACUUGGGACUUUUUUCUUUAAGGCGUCCUUCAAUAAUUAUAGGGGUUGUGUAAGACGACAUCCAAAACUUUCCAAGAAGUUAUUACAUCUAUGUACAUAAUUAUUUCAUGAUAUUUAUUACUGUACAUAUAUUCUUAGGGUGGACUUCCAGCAUGGUUGCUCAAGAACUACACAACAGCCAAGUUUAGGUCAUCAACAGACAAAAGUAAGAAAGAUAUAGAUAUUUAACAUUGUAUGCAAUGUGUAGGAAAAAAUGUCUUAAAAGGUGAAAAAUAGUGAUAAGCACCCAAUCUUCAUGUAUUUGAGUUAACUUUGAAAAGAUGACAGUUUGUGGAAAAUAUGGGUGAAUAUUGUGUAAGAAAGAGACUCAGCAGCAACUGAAUCAAAUAAGAGGCAAUCUGAAUAAAUGUGUUUAUCCUUGUGCAGAUUAUAUUGCUGCAGUAGAUCGAUGGAUGGGAGUCCUUCUCCCAAAGCUGAAACCACUUUUGUAUGCUAAUGGAGGUCCUGUCAUUGCUGUUCAGGUACAAUAGAUUAAGGCAGAAUCCAUCAGGAAAUUGAGUAUUUUCAAUUUUGAGUCGGACAAAAACCUUGUACCAGAAUAAUUCAAACAACGGCAUGCUUUUUUACAUUUUUCAGGGGCUAUAGAUAUUAAACAAUUAUUGGAUGAGGUUGAGCAUGAUAUCAUGAAUUAUCAAAACCGAGGUCUGUGUUAUCUGCCGAAGCCGAAGGCUGAGGCAGAUAAUACAGACACAAGGUUUUGAUAAUUCAUGAUAUCAUGCGAAAACCGAAUUCAAUAAUUGUUUUAUUAUACAUUUUUUAAACAAUAGGCAAAAGAAGACUGAUUCAGCCAUUCUGUUUCUGAGGAGAACACUCCAAGGGGCUUGGUAACCAGGCAGACGUUGAACUUGACAUGAUAAAUGCAAUAUCUGCAGCAGAUAUUGCAUCUAUCAUGUCAAGUUCACAAGCUAUUGUGAAUUGAUUGAAUGCUCUCGACCAGUCAGAUUUUUCAUAGUGAGUGAUGUAUAAUAAAAUUAGUUAUCCGUAAUAACACCAAAGACUAUUUCUCAAGCGAGCCCGAUAAAAUAAAAUUACGUCAAAUUUCACAAGAAUUGUGAAAACACGGGUAAACUUAUGAAACUUUCAUGAGUAAGAUGUCAUUUUGUGAAAUUUGACAUUUAUUUUCUCUGGCUCUCAUAAGAAAUAGACUUUGGUGUUAUUGCAGAUAACUAAUUGCAUCUAUGGCCCUUGAAAAAAGUAAAAAAGAAUGCGAAAUUGUUUAAAUAAAUAAAUAAUUAUUCUGGUACAAGGUUUUUGUCCACUGAAAAUUAAAAUUACUCAAUUUCUGGAUGUAUUCCAUCUUAGACUGUAAACUGCCAUACAUAAAUAACAAGUUCCCCACUUACAUGUAUAAGCCCGCUCUCCCCCAACACCCCGUUCCCCCAGGUACAGUAUAAGCCUAUCAACCUGAAAACACAACAAUACAUGUACAUCCAAUACACUUGACACUUCAUGUCAUAAGCUUCCCCCUUUCCCACUCCCCCCCAGUUAUAUAGUGUAAGCCCUGGAGCCUCUACAUUGUAGUUUGUGUUGAAGGUUAACUUAAAACUGGCCAAUGCAAAACGCAUUCUGAUCAGCACCGCUAUAUAGCUUGUUUUGUUGACCUUUUUCUAUUCUGGUUAUCAUAAACCUCCUUGGAUAAAAGCCAUCCAUUUACAAUGUAUAAGCCCUCCUAGAAAACCCCAUACAAAGAUGUAUAAGGUCAUGGCUCAGGGGCAUAGCCAGCUUUUCGACUAGUUGUAGGCCUGGCUGACUUCAUUUCCAGGUUAAAAAAUUUUAACCUGAAUUUAAUUUUGACCUACAAAAUGUACAACUGUAUACACAGCACUUAUGUAAAGCAGGCUUUCAAUCUAAAUACAUGUUGGUUUUCUCAAAAUUUCAAUUACUGUCAGUAUUACAGUAGUUUUUAAUAUACGUAGCACCCUGAUGAGUUGACCAUUUUUAUCAAAAUAAAGCUAUUCAAACAUUCAUUCAUUUAUAGAUUCCCUGGAAAAUGGUGCCAUCAAUUGCGCCGCUACAGUGUAACUUCCCCAUAAUAACCUACCUUUCUCCAAUGGCCACUUAACACUGUACCCAAGUGGCCGUAGAGUAAAUAGCUUACCAUUUACGGCGGGUUAUAAGCACCAGGGGCGUAGCUAGCCCAUAGACCUGUAGGCCCGGGCCUACAAAUUUUACUCAGUUAUAAAUUUAAUUAGGCAUUGUUGGGAUGAGCUAAAAAGCUGAAAAGCUCAAAGUCUUGGUGAGGUCAGUGUGUACAAAUGUAGGUUAAUUCUCAAUUAAAUCCUUGGUCCCCUGCAUGUAGGUUCAGUAAAAAAAUAUGACCUAAAUAUAAUUUUGACUUGUAACAUAUACACUGUCUAAGAUCUUCAGAAUAAUUUUGUUUGUAUAGCCAGCCCUGAAGACUGGGAAGGGGUAUGGGAAAACAUUGUUUUGCUGCAUUCAAAGCAAGCUGAUGCAAGCACAAUCAAAGCAUGAUUGUCAAUAUUUUUAAAGAGAAAAACAAAAUGUUCAGAAAAAAAAGUUAUUGUUAACAUUACAAAGGAACUCAUUGAGCAAUUAAUGCAUUGGUCCCUAAGUGGUUUCAACAAGUUGCAAGAAUGCAUCAUUAUUGUGAUUUUAUUUGUUAAUUAAGCAGGUUAUAUAAGACGGCUUGAUAGCUGAUGUAGAUCUUCGACAGCAAUCCACACACUGAUGCCCACAUGUUUUAAGGUAGGCAACAAGUUGCAGCAACAAUUCACGGCAACAGAUCACUCAGUAUGUACAGGUCUGGUGACUAGUUGCAGCAACAUGUACAUGUUGAGGUGACACAUCGCAGUGACAAAUUGCUUCGUGUGUACUGGAGAAAUUUUGUAAAAAUAUUUGUCUCUGCAACAGAAUUCUGUUGCCUCCCCAAGUCGCACAAAUUCUGUCUAAUUUGAUUUUUUGCAACAUGUUGCUGCGACAAAAUUCAUGAUAUGCAGAGAUAAUGAUUUUCACAAAAAUUCUCCAGUACACACGAAGCGAUUUGUCGCUGCGACGUGUUGUCGUGACAUGUUGCUGCAACUUGUUUUUUUUUUUUUUUUUUUUUUUUUUUUGCUUUACUUAACCCAAUAAUUACAAUAUUGAACACUGCUUACACUGCUUACAUUAUUUACAACAUUCAUACCAUACUUACAAUACUGACAAUACUUAUUGCUUACAUUGCUAACAAUACUACUGUUUUCAAACAUUAUUACAUUUCGUAUGCUUCAAGUACACAGUUGCAUCGGAAGAAACUUAUUUAAGGAUAGUUGGCGUUAUUGAGGCAGGAUAAGCUACGGAUGAAAGACAUAGAGAAUAUCAGGGGGCGUUGGGAAUAGCGCCAUGGUAGAAACGAUAGUUUCUACGUGAUGUCGUGUAGGAAUGACCAUUGUUUGGGCAGAACAUUGUUUGCUUCUGCUUGUGCUUGUAUGUUGUAAAUUGUCUUUAGGUGUUUGAGAAAUCCUUGCAAUAGAGGUAUAGCUUCUUUUGUUUUGCAGAGCCAGAUAUAGUGCCUGGCAAUAAGAAAACAAAAGUUGAUCUGGCGUUGAAGUUUAGAAGAGUCUGAUCUCAGGCCUAGUGAAACAGUCAUGUCUGCAGAGUAACUAUCGGGAAUAAUUUGGCAAAGUUUUAAUCGCGUUAUGAUGCUCUCCCAGAAGAGCGCCGUUUUGGGGCAGGACCAGAAAAGGUGUACGAGUUUUUCUGGUUCUUUUUUUAAAAAAGGAGCAGUUGGAGUUUUCUUUUACUCUUAUCUUAGUUAAGAAAGCGUUUGUUGGUAUUCUUCUGUGCAGCAAUUUAAAUUGAAAUUCCCUGAGUUUUAUGCUUUUUGUGAUUUUAUGAGCUAGCUGGUAGGUCGCACCCCACGUUAUUUCGUUUUGACCUAAGUUGCAGUCUUGAUUCCAUUUUGCUGGCUUGUAGUAGGGGGGGCACUUUUCUUUGUAAUUAAUUUGUCAUACACCAACUUGCUUGCUUUUUGGGCUUUCAUUAGUUUUGUCGAAAAGCUUUCGUAACUAUUACCUUCGUUUGUGUGGUCACCUUGGUUGAAUGUGUUGCAUAGCUUUUUAAGAGCAGAAAUUAUUCCACAGUAUGCCAAGGGUUGGACCUUGAUGUCGUAUUUGUUUAAAAGUUCUGGUGGAGUGAGGAAUUUUCCUUCUCUGUUCCUUAAGUGCUUAACUUUUGUGAUGCCUUUACUUAUUUUAAUUUCCUCUUGGUUAACGUGUAUUCCUCUGAUAUUGCUGUUUCUUUUAAAAGCCUUGGCUAAGACUUCAACUGAAAGAACAAAUAGAUAUGGAGACAACGGGCACCCCUGCCUGACCCCUCUUUCAAUUUUAAAGAAAUUGCUUGUCCAGCCGUUGUUUAAGAAGCAGCUCUCUAUGUUGCUGUAAAGGCAUUUGACCCAGUUUACAACACUUGGGCCGAAACCGAAGUAUUGAAGAGAAUUUAUGAUAAAAGGCCAUUCAAUCGUGUCAAAAGCCUUUUCGAAAUCAAGAAAUAAUAAUAGCCCUGGGAUAUUUUUUUCUUUGGUAAAACGAAUAACAUAGUCUAUUAAUCGUAUGUUCUCGCCAAUAAACAGUAAACCUUAGGUUGUCGUUGUCUCCAAGUGUACCUUUUGUCAUCUGGAUUGUGAAUUCUCCAGACAUCGAGAAGAUCUAGGUUCUCUGAAAUUUCUUGAACGGUCUUCAAGCUAUUUUGGUGAGUUUUGGCAAUGCCACCUUUUUUGUCAUUUUCGAUGUUAAGAACAAGGUUGAAGUCACCGCCAAUUAUUAUGUCUUCACAUUUAAAAUUUAAAAGAUGAUCGUAAAAGUUUUGAAAGAAUGAAGGUUUAUCCUCGUUGGGAGCAUAGAUGUUAGCGAGGGUCAAAAGCUUUUCGUUAGCUUUUAAGUCACAGAUAAUAAAUCUCCUGCAGGGUCGGUGUAAAGUCUUUGGAGCUGAAGGUUAAAAUUAUUGUUAAAAAGAAUACAUACCCCUGCUUUGUUGCUUUCAAAAGAGGUGAAGUAAGCUUGAUAGCCCCAUUCUGCUUUCCACAAGUGAUUUGUUUUUUAUACAGUGUACUUCUUGGAGCAUGCAUAUUGAUGGCCUUUUGGCGCGAAGCCAAUUAAAUACUUCUCUUCUUUUAGCGCCAUCCCUAAGUCCCCUGACAUUCAAUGAAGUUAUUUUCAAAGUCACGAUUUGUUCAAGUCUUUUGUAAUAAACGUUGUCUCGACGGGAAAAAAAAACAUGUGCGCCUCAAUAAAGGAUUUGCAUUCUUUCUAUUAGGUGUAAAAUGAUUGAUGCAAAAGGUACUCGAUAUUUUAAACAAAUAAUGAAGACUAAAACGUGCAUAUAAUAUUAGACUGAAGCAAAUGAUCACAAAAGGUAAAUUAAACAAAAUAACACUUUGAAUAAAUAAAAAAGAGUAGCGCAAAAGCAAAAAACAGAGCAUAGACAAAUUUGUAGUUAGUAAAAUUAAAUUACUUUGGCAGCGAGAAAUUUGAAUGGUUGAUAAGACGUCCCUCUCCAGACUUAACGUAGAUUAUUUUGCCUGUUCAGUUUAUAAUUGAUCUAAGUCCUCUUCGGAAAAAAUUCUAACAGGGGAGCCAUAGGGUGAUGUCUUAACAAAAAUCUUACCAUCCAAAGACCAAACACUGAGUAGAGUACCCUCUUGUCUUCUCUUGUUCGCUUCUUUCAUGAUUCUACGCCUAUAAGCCGUGAGGUUCUCGUUUAUAAAAAUACGUUGUCGUUCCUGUGCAUUUGAAGGGUAGCUGGGAAAUAGAUCUUUGAUUUUGACAUCCUUUAGUUUGGUGCGUUCUUUGUAAAGUUUCGAUUUCACUUUAUGAUUGCAAAAUUUCACUAUAAUGGAUUUGCCCCGAUUCAGCUUGUGUGAAAUCUCUAUUUCUUCAGGCUCUGUGGUGAUAUUUAGGGCUUCAGCAACCUUGAUGACCGCGGCCUCCGUACUGGGAUACGCAUCUUCUGGAAUUCCAUGGAUUUCCAGCGAGUUCUUCCGAGUGUAUUGUUCCAAAUCAUCAUGGUGUUCCCACAGUCGAUCGGAUUCUUCUUUUUGCUUUUCUAGAUUCUCCUUUGUUGUUUUAAGCUCGUUCCUUGUUGAGGCUAGCAUGUGUUUUAAUUCUUUGUAUUCGUCCUUGGUCUUUUGCAAGGACUCUUUCAAAUCUUUAAGCUCCUUCUCGUAGAAGUUGGCAGAUUCUUUUAAUUCUUCGAUUUCCUUCUUCAGCGUUCGAUUUUCGCUAAGAACUGCAGCUAUUUGGAUUUGUAUGUCGACCAGUAGAGCCUUGAUUUCAAGAAGGCUAGGCUCUUCUUGUUCCUUGCCCGCUUCAAUCGAUUCUUCAACAUCAAUGUUUUCCUCGGCCGCCAUGUUGGAUUUCUUCGGAUUUCUUGGUUCGUCUUCGGUUGAGCCACGAUCACCUCUUUUAUUCUUUCUGGGAGGCAUUUACAUUGAAGAAGGUAGAUUACAUCGUCAGGGAGCCAGAUAGUGUAUUUUCAUAGGAGUAGGUGCCAGAGAGGGGUCAUCUUUGGCAAUGUUAGGCAGACACGAUGAAUACACGUCCGACCGCUGCGAUUUCCCGCCAAAAGUCUGCUGCAACUUGUUGCCUAGCGUGUACUGACCUUUAAGGCUAACUACACUACCAGGUUCUACAUUCCCUACUCUUAAUGAACAGCAGUGUGGGUUCCUUUUUGUCCCACAAGAAUAUUUAUUACAUGUACAGUGGAACCCGGUUAAUACAGACACCAAGGGAUAAAAAAUAAUAUGGAAUAGUGUCUGUAUUAUCCCGGUGUCCGUACUAAGUGGGCUAUUUUUAGAGAAAUUAUAUGAGAUGUUUCAGUGUUGGGACAAAUGAAACUGUCCAUUAUGUAUGGGUGUCUGUAUUAAGCGGGUGUCCUUAGAGCGGUUUUCCAGUGUAGAACUGUGAAAGCACGCGGAGACAGGGCCCAUAUAGGUUUUGAUCCUCAUGGGAGAAGGCAAGAAUUUCUAACCAUAUGUUGAUGCCAAAACAAUGGCAGCGCAUUGAAUUCCUCAUUUAUCAGUUCUGGAUGUGAAGAGCUGGCCUGGUAAAGAAAAGUCUGUCUGCUGGGUCAAAGAGUGUGCUGUUACGCCGCAAAAUGUAAUAAUUGACGCAAAAUGUAACAUUAACGCGAAAUGUAACAACUUUUGACGCGAAAUGUAACAUUAACCCGAAAUGUAACAACUUUUGACGCAAAAUGUAACAACUUUUUAACGCGAAUUGUAACAAGCAAAAUGUUACAGCCUUGAAAUAACUGAGAGACUUGGACAUGAGCCUUGUAGGUAAAGUGUAAAUUGUCUGGUGGUUACAAAAACAGUUUAUUCAUAAAGUUUUCUUAUGUCAAAUAAACUUACAAAAGGUCGUAAAACAGGUGAUAAAGUUACAAGUCAUGUAUAACCUUGGAAUAGCAGUAUGGACAAUAACAACAACGCUAACUUAUUAAACAUAACGUAUGGAGAAUAUCCCAAGCUAUGCGAAAAGAAUAUGACUAGAAAUGUGAACAAUAACACCGUAGAAAACACAACCAAUCAGCAACUGAAAUGCAAGUUAAAAGUAAAAGUUAAGAAAGGUAAUCUUUCAAAAGAAAAUUUUUGAACGUAGUCAAUAACAUAGAUAUGAAAUUUCUCAUUUCUUACCGGACUUCCAGUAAAUGUGAGAAAUUUCAUACCAACCCAGUCUUGCUGCCUCAAAACUUAACCAUGCCAACGCCCAUUUAACAUUGUUGAUUAUCUCACGCAGUCGGAUGACUGCUCCGCUACACUUUCCUUUUAGGGAAAAGGGGAGGAGGUGGGUAAAAACAGACAGCGUCGGAUAAAAACAGAAAGCGUCUUCACUCGAUGAAAGUGUGAAAAGAAUGAUCAGUAAUCGAUACUCGCCUCGAUUUCAUACGGGCUCAACUCCCCAGAGGGAGUAUGCUAAAAAUGUACCAUCCUAACCCAUCUAAUAUGCCCUGGAUUAUGUAACGCCAACUUUCUUUUAAGCGUCACACACAAGUACAGAAAGAUAUACUAAACAACAAUUCGUUGAACUGUUUCAGGAUUUAGUUACUAUUAUCGAAAAACGUUUUGUAAGUUUAUUUGACAUUAUAAGAAAACUUUAUAAAUAAACUGUUUUUGUAACCACCAGACAAUUUACACUUUAUCUACAAGGCUCAUGUCCAAUCUUCUCAGUUAUUUCAAGACUGUAACAUUUUGCUUGUUACAUUUCGCGUUGAAAAUAUUGUGUCAUUUUGCGCCAAAAGUUGUUACAUUUCGGGUUAAUGUUACAUUUCGCGUCCAAAGUUGUUACAUUUCGCGUUAAUGUUACAUUUUGCGUCAAUUGUUACAUUUUGCGGCGUAACAUGUGCCCUGUCGAUGUGGCUAAGGAGUAGCUAAGCUGCAGCCUUUUUUAUUAGCCAAACCAGCCUUUUUACUCAUUACAACUGCAUCUUCUAAAUUUCCUUGUGUCUUUGUUUUCCCAGAGUUAUUUAAAUUGAUGGUCGGUUCUUUCUCAGCCAGUGAAAUUAGCUGAAUGCGGGCUCAUUAGCAACAUCCCUGCCUUGUGGAUAGGUACUAAAAUAAUGUAGCCAUUGUAAAGAGAUGGCAGUUUGACAGCGUGAUAAUUUUAUUGUUAUAACAGAACUUUUUAAUCUAUUCACCUGUAGUAAUGUGGGUAUAACAAGUGAAGUGCAUGCUGUUUUUCAUCUUAGGUAGAGAAUGAGUAUGGAAGUUAUUACACUUGUGACCAUGAGUACAUGACACACCUGCAAACAUUGUUUGAGCAGUACCUUGGUAAAGAUGUGAUCCUUUACACCACUGAUGGCUCCAAUGACAGGAAGAUUAAUUGUGGUUCACUACCUACACUUUUUACCACUGUUGACUUUGGAGCAGGUAAAGAAAGUAAAGCUGAAUUAGAUGGCGUUUUAUCAAGACUGUGCUCUAGAAGAACGUGUAAAAUCUUAAGUGCCCAACAUAUGAUACAUGUAUGUGCGAAAAAAAACUUAGAUUAUUCUUUUUUUCUUAAUAAUUCUCAUAACAACUGUACUGAGUUUUACGAAUAGUCUUUCACGCACUAGCCUUUUUAGCCUUAAGACAAGUUUCGUUUAUUCAAACCUCUUCAGUUUGGCUAAAACUGUUAUAAUGUGAAUGAAUGUGACUGGGGUUUACCACAGUGACGCUAUGCUUAGGCAAAUAACUGAAUCCAUCAAAAUCAGACGAGAAGGCCAUAACGGGGUAAUCCCAGACUAUGUGAUGAAUGAGUCUGGGGUUUACCACGGUGACGCUAUGCUUAGUCAAAUAACUGAAUCCAUCAAAAUCAGACGAGAAGGAUCUAUAAAUAACAAAACAGAAUGGAACUCUGUAACAUUGCCGCAAGCGGCAAUAGUGUAAUUGAUGGAUUGUGAUUUUAAGCAGUUGUGCGCGCCUUCUUGCACGCGCUUGAGGGUUAGCGUACACGUUUGCUUGUUUGAAUGUGACAACGUAUUGUAACAGUUUUAGCCAAACUGAAGAGGUUUGAAUAAACGAAACUUGUCUUAAGGCUAAAAUAAAGGCUAGUGCGUGAAAGACUAUUCGUAAAACUCAGUACAGUUGUUAUGAGAAUUAUUUCCAAGUCUUUUGAGGUUUCAGCAAGAAAAAUUACCCAGAUAUUCUUUUCUUGUUGCCCAAGAACAAACGUUGGGCACCAGGGGUAAUGCAGCUCUCCUUGAACUCAACCCUGUUUAUGGAUGAUACAGUGACACCUCAAUAUAUCAAAGGGCCUAGGGACUGGCACAAUGUGUUCACCAUAACAAGGUUUCGUUAUAUUCAGGUUAUUUUCCAUAUAUUUUACUAUUGCUGGGGUAAAGAAAAUCAUUCAUUACAUGGAGGACUUCAUUAUGUCUAAAUGUUUGUUAUAUUGAGGUUCGACUGAAAUAUCAGGGGUUUCAAUAAAAAUUGAAAUAGCCAGUAGAAUUGAAUAGAGUAACCGACUGUAUCAAAACGGGCAUGUUAGUCCCUGAUGGGGGAGGGGGCUGGGGUGACCUGCUUUCCCAGAAAAUUUUGAAAAUUGAAAGCCCGAAAAUGAGAUUUUCAGCGUUCUGGGGACUAAAUUGAGGACAAAAGAGCGUGUUUUUUAUUCAAGAAAAUCAGUCUCGCUUUCUUUAAACUUCUGAUCGAUCAGUCACAAUCAAUUCCUACAAGCAAUGAACAAAUGAUGAAAACUAAAUUACGUGCUUUUGCACGUUAACAAAUUCUGCGUAAACCUAUAAAGAAACCCCUCAAAAUUGACUGAAAUAUAGUGUUUACAUGACUCAAGCAUAACGUUCUAUUUUCCAGGUGGAGAUCCUGCUGGUGCUUUUUCUCACCUGCGUAAAUACCGACCACAUGGUCCUCUGGUAAACUCUGAGUAUUACCCAGGCUGGUUAGAUCAUUGGGGAGGGGGGCAUCAAAAGAGACAAGCCUCACAAAUUGCCAAGUACCUUGACGAGAUCCUUGCACUGAAUGCAUCUGUUAACCUGUACAUGUUUGAAGGUGGCACUAACUUUGGAUUCAUGAAUGGUGAGUGGACAUUUUAACAAAUUCUAGCCUGUGAGCAAGCUCUCUCGGGCGCCCUGGUGGCAGGACGGGAAGGAGAGCUUGCAACUAUGUCUCUGGAAUUUGAAUUCCGCCUCCAAUUCCCCUUUUGCUCCCUGUCGACUCAGACGGACUGAGCUGUCAGAUUUCCGCCAA